AUGGUCAGGACAUAUCGAAUAGUUGGAAAAUCGCACAGAAUUAGGGAAGGCAAGAAAGCAAUGUCGUCAAAAUCAAAUUCCAAUGCUAAUCCCAAUCAGGAAAUAUCCCAGUUGAUCAGGAAUUUGUCCUACAUUAAUCAGCAAUCUCCUGACGAUGAUAACCCAAGGCCUGUUUUCACUGGGCCUGUCUGUCAGUCGGUCGGCUUUCGCACAACCUUGGCCUGUUUUCACUGGGCCGUCAAGUCUGAUCGGCUUUCGCACGAUCAAGGGCCUGUUUUCACUGGGCCUGUCUGUCAGUCGGUCGGCUUUCGCACAACCCUGGCCUGUUUUCACUGGGCCGUCAAGUCUGAUCGGCUUUCGCACGAUCAAGGGCCUGUUUUCACUGGGCCUGUCUGUCAGUCGGUCGGCUUUCGCACAACCCUGGCCUGUUUUCACUGGGCCGUCAAGUCUGAUCGGCUUUCGCACGACCAAGGGCCUGUUUUCACUGGGCCUGUCUGUCAGUCGGUCGGCUUUCGCACAACCCUGGCCUGUUUUCACUGGGCCGUCAAGUCUGAUCGGCUUUCGCACGACCAACACAAGACAACAAGAGUCAGAACAACACUGAACAAGUUUGAAAGCAUUCUUUGGCCUGUGUUGGAUUCAAAAAAUGAGAUCAUUCAAAAGCUGACAGUAAGUUGUAUAACUCAUUUGGCUGCCAUUGGUGGGGGUGGAGCUAAUGGGCAAUUGUUCCAGGAGGCGUGGCUACACCUCAUUAAUAAUUCAUUAUUGCAUGCUAAUGAGCUAGUUGAUAUGUUGGCUAAAGUGAUUUUAAAUAAAGAAUCAAUGGCCAAUCUCAGUAAAGACAAAGCCGAAACCACGCGUAUAUCAUUUUAUUUCGACCAAUCAAAAUCAGAGGAUGUGAACUACUUGACCAAUAGGCUGAAGGGAUUGACUAAUGUUGUUUGCAAUUUGAUGGGGUUAGGUUGUUGCACUAUGAGAGAUAAAAUAUAA